AUGGCUGAUAACAAACUCGAAGGUCGUCGCGAAGAUGCCCUCAUGAAACAGAGGAACCAAAUGCGCGAAGAAUUUGAGCGCCAGAAGCAAACACUCGUCGCACAGACGGAGAAAGCACGUCCUUCGUCCAACCGAUUCGUGGGGCAGAACGAUUCUGUCGAAGAAUCACUGAAGAACAGUACCAUUGGUCUCGUCAAACUCGAAGACUUCCAACAGAAAAAGAAGGAAAUUGAAGAGGCUAGAGCUAGAGAAGCUGCACGGAGUGCGGAACUGAAGGACGACGCCAAAAAGACGAAGAAGAGGAAGAAAGUGACCAAGUCUACCUUAUCUUUUGCUAUGGAUGACGAAGAGGGCGGAGGUGAAGAUGGGUCGGGGAGCGGUUCUCGGUCAACACCUAAUGGUGAUGCAGAUGACCCUCCAGUGAAGAAGAAGAAACUGAGCAAGAAUCCCAACGUCGAUACCUCGUUCCUCCCUGAUAGAGAACGGGAAGAAGAGGAGAGAAAGGAAAGGGAACGCCUUCGAUUGGAAUGGCUGGCCAAGCAGGAAGAGCUCAAAGCCGAAGACAUCGAGAUCACAUACUCCUACUGGGAUGGUAGCGGACACAGGAAGAGCGUUGUGUGCAAGAAAGGUGACAGUAUUGCAACGUUCUUGGAAAAGUGUCGUCAACAAUUCCCUGAGCUUCGAGGCGUCAAUGUAGACAACCUUAUGUAUAUCAAGGAAGACUUGAUUAUCCCUCACCACUACACAUUCUAUGACUUUAUUGUCAACAAGGCACGAGGAAAGUCCGGUCCACUAUUCAACUUUGACGUGCACGACGAUGUACGGCUACUUGCGGAUGCCACGAAGGAAAAGGAUGAAUCCCAUGCUGGCAAAGUGGUUGAAAGGAGUUGGUACAAUCGCAACAAGCACAUUUUCCCCGCUUCACGAUGGGAGGUAUUCGACCCGGAAAAGAACUACGGGAAAUAUACGAUUGCAUAA